UGGCUGUCUGGUGGUUGUUUUUCUUCUUUUGCUGGUCUGGCAUCGGGCCGGUGGGCUGGUGGAACCCAAACACAGUUUCCAUUGUUUGGUGGUACGUGAUGUGUGGAUAGCAGCUCCGGUUAGACGCACAACGGAUACUGUCAGUACGCCGAAGACUUUUAAACGGAUCACUGAACCGCGUGCGUGUGAGUGUGCCCGUUGUGCUCCGAAGCAUUUUAUAGUAAUUUCUAAAAGAUUUCCAAACAAUUUCGACUGUAAUAAUUGCGCGGGUGUGAAUGGCUCAUUGAUACAAUGGUGUAUAUUUUUGUGACAUACCCAACGUUUUUGUCAGCGUUAUAAAAAAACAAGAAAUAGGGAUUGAUACAUAAAAACAAGAUCAAGUGCUUACAAAUAGAAGAUCAAAUAAAAGUCUAAACGUAUAACAAAACAAAAAAAAACGCAUAAAUGGAUAAUAAAAUGGAAUCGGACGUACCAACGAAACUCAGCAAGUUUCCAACGCCCUUUUCAAUAGAAAGUCUCAUUGCUACCCACCAUCAAGCAGUUCAUAAGGGCAGCGAAAAAGCGGCAAACAAUAACGAGAUAACGGAGGAACUGAGUGCCCGAGCCAUGGUGGCAUCUUCAGCUUUAGGUUUAACCAACUUUCCCCUUUAUAAUCCAUGGUUGCAUGGGUAUUUUGCUCAAAACCACGACAGGAUCUCGCAACUUCUUGCCAACAGCGGAGACUAUGUGACAAACACUCUGUUAAAGGAACAAAGUGAAAAAGGCUCCAGCCCGCCGAACAACGUAAGCCUCCCGCAUAACUCUCCGCCCCUGAACUCUUCAAACACAUCGGCCGAUUUUGAGGCACAACUACAAACUAGGUUCCUGAUACCGGCAUUCGGCUUGGGUCCAAUUCCCCCUACAAUGUCCUCUCUGAAUGAGACUCUCCUACAACAAUCCGUUAGUCUCGCCAAUGAUCUGACCUCGCGUCAAAAGCUUGCGGAAAUUAUGACCAGUGGUCUAACUUCGGAAAAUGUACAAAACCUUUCGAUUGCAAAUCGAUUCGCCCACAAAGUAUUUGGUGAGGUCGCCUUGAAUAGCUCGGCGAAUCCCACUCCGAUGUCGGUUCCAUCUUUUCACCUUAAUAGCAGAAUUGACUGCUCUGACAGCAGCAGUUCGCAUCCUCACACCGAGGACACAUCUGUGGACGUUGUAGACGAAGACUACGAUUGCAGUGGUGACUCUUGCAGCGACAUAAGCCUAACAAUGUCCCCCCAAAACUGCAGAACUGAAGUGGAUAAAAAUAGAGCCUACAAUCACACAGAUAGUGAAGACUGUUCCGAUGACGAGGGUAAUUCAAAUGGUCACAAAGAUCCCAAUAACCUAGGCGGCUCAAAUUCAAAGUCGAGACGAAGAAGGACAGCGUUCACCUCUGAGCAGCUCCUGGAACUGGAAAGAGAGUUUCACGCAAAGAAAUACCUAAGCCUCACCGAGAGAAGUCAAAUAGCAACCAGCCUGAAGCUGAGCGAAGUUCAGGUUAAGAUUUGGUUCCAAAAUCGCAGAGCCAAAUGGAAACGUGUUAAAGCGGGACUUUCUUCGCACGGUUUAGGGCGAAACGGAACCUCCGGCACGAAAAUUGUUGUGCCCAUACCAGUACAUGUUAACCGGUUUGCCGUCCGCUCACAGCACCAGCAAAUGGAGAAGAUGUGCCUAAGUGGUCCCAAACCCGAUUUAAGGAAAAAGAUCACCUCCGACAGCAGUGGUUUCGAGAAAUUCAAUUCGAAUCUCACGAAUUCCAAUGCUCCACCAAUGCCACCGAAUACAGUCACCACCACACCUGCAGCCACUAACCUAACCGCUUUAACGGGCACCCUCGCACUAGCUCGCAGUAUUUAUUAAAAUGAAAAACAACUCCAAAACCUAUCAUUCGGAAAUUAGAGAUCGAUGUCGUUGACCAUUUGGUGCGUUUCUUAUUGUGUUCCCUCCCCCCCCCCCCAAUCCAAUCCCAUGUUUUGUUACGGCAAAAAGACAGACUACAGACUAAAUAAAAACUAAACAAAUUGUAAAUAUAAAACAAAGAAUCAAUAA